GAGAAGCAAGCAGGACUUCAGAGUUUCUGGGAAAAUAAAAAAGUCUUGAAGCGGAGGUUCAGAAUUGAGUAAGCACGUGAGUAAACCCAAGCUGAAGGCGCGCGCGCGCGUGUGUGUGUGUGUGUGUAUGUGAGAGAGAGAGAGAGAGAGAGAGAGAGAGAGAGAGCUUAUGUGUGGGUAAAACCCAUCUCUGGGAUUCAUUUUCCGUUGGUGUGAAAUCAACUGGAGCUCAUCAUGGUUCGCUCAUCGGUCGCUGGAGUAACCUUGCUCAUGCUGGUUUCCAUGACGACCCCAGACUUGGUGUGUGGUGGGCAAGAGAGAGGCAAAGACUCACGAGUCACACACAGUCUUUUCGCACAUAAUGAGUAUUACACGCCUCAGACUGGAGGAGUGAGGAGCAUGACUUUCAAAAAGGCACCACGUAAUGACAUAUUGGAGAAUAAUCAGUACAGUGUGCAGAUAUUCGAGGCUGAAUUCCCUGAUGUAAACCCUCGGCCUAGAAAUAAACCUGCAGUUCCUGACUCGAAUCAGCUGCUUGUGGAACUUUCAGAUGAUAUCGGGUGUAAUGACAUUAAGUGUAAUGACUACAGUAGUGAUGGAACGAGUCGAUCUGGUGUGGAGUUAAACAGAGUCAUGUGGGAUAAAGUGUCAGAUGUUGCACCGGAGUCCACCGAAGGCCCUGUUGUGCUCACACACUCCGGUCCGGUUCGUGGACUGACUCUAAAUAAAGCUCAUGUGUUUUAUGGGAUUCCGUACGCAGCCCCUCCUGUGGGCCCAAAACGGUGGUCUGCUCCUGAACCCGUGUCUCAGUGGACGAAGCCAUAUGAUGCCACGUUCCCUCGGCCAGCGUGCAUGCAGGCUUGUGCAUGGGAAUUCUCUGAAGAGUGUCCUCAUAAGGUGAGUGAGGACUGUCUGUACCUGAACGUGUAUGUUCCUGUGAGUGUGGAUCUCUCACUGAACACCUCUGUGCGCCUUCCUGUCAUGGUGUGGAUCCAUGGGGGCGACUUCAUUGCUGGCUCCGCCUCCAAACCACUGUACGAUGGACGCUUCAUCAGUAACCAUAGCAACACUGUGGUGGUAAAUGUAGAAUAUCGCCUGGGAGCAUUUGGGUUUCUGGUGACGGGAAAAGAUCCUGAGAGAUCUGCAGUGGGAAAUUACGGAAUCCUGGAUCAGCAGGCGGCGCUGAACUGGGUCCAAAAAAACAUUGCUGCAUUUGGUGGAGACCCAAUGAAGGUGACUCUAUUUGGUGAGAGUGCUGGUGCUCAGUCAGUGUGUUUACACUUGAUGAUGCAGAGCAGUGAAACGCUGUUCAGACACGCUACCAUACAGAGCCAGCCCUUCUCCAUCCCCCUCAAAAGCAGGUGGGAUGCCUUGAAGUUGGGCAGGAACUUUGUGAAACAGACGAAUUGCUCAGCAUCUGACCUUCAGUGUCUUCGUUCCCUCAGCAAACACACCGUCCUGAAGGCUCAGGUCCUAGCAGGUUCUAAAAUCAUCAACCCGUUCCGUUUCCUGGAGAUGUUUGAGACGUGGGGGCCGCACGUGGACAGAGAACUGAUCACAGAGCAGCCGAUUGCAGCUUUCCAGGAGGGUCGCUGGCAGAGUUAUAAACCUGUUCUGAUGGGAACUACAUCCGAAGAGGGUGUGAUCUUUGUAUACGGAGCUUUCAAUGGCUCAGUGUCAGUGCUGGAGUGUAUCGUCUACACCACCGCCAUCUUCAAACAGCACACGCUCAGAGUUCUACAAAAAUACCUCCCUGUCUACCAUAAAGUGGACAAACGGACCAUGCUGUCUCAGAUCGUGACGGAUUUCGUCUUCCUGUGUCCAGCUCGGUGGUCCGCUCGCUCUGCGAUGAGUAUGGGCGGAGCCGUGUGGAUGUACGUAUUUGACCACGCCCCUUCGGAUCACAAAAUAUGGGCAGGGUUGACUUUCUGUUACAAUCACGUCUGUCAUGGGGCGGAGCUUCCGUUCCUGUUUGACUCGGCUCCUGCGACGAACUUCAGCUUCACGGUUCGGGAGAGUCACCUAGCCAAUCAGAUGGUGUGUUACUGGGGGGCAUUUGCUCACUCCGGAGAUCCGAACUCCCACAGAGAGCACACACAUUUCUGCAGGAACCAGAGGCUCCCUCGGUGGCCGAAAUACGCCCCUGCUGAGGGAUGGCCAGUUCUGAAUUUAACUCUGCAGUCUCACCUUCAGCACGGAAACAGAGAUCAUUUCUGUGACUUCUGGGAUCAUCUGAAUAUUUACUGAUGGAGGAAAGUGACGCAAUAACCAUUGACAUGAUCGGUUUAUGAACUACAAAGCUGGAAAAAUAAAUAUACUGUAUAUAAAAUUGGAAAAUGUGCCUUAAAUGUAAUCAGCUUUAUCCUGCCUGAGGAAAGUAUAUAAAUUACACGGCUUUUUUAUAAAUCUGCAUAACAUUUUAAAAUGUAAAAUCUAAUUAACACAUUUAUUCAUGUUAGAUUAAUCUCACUGCGGUACCGACACUUACUGUGUCCUUAACAAUUAAACUAACUCUGAUUUGGAUCAAAGAAUUAAGAUCAAAUUCGUUUGUCUUUUUUAUACAAUCCCGAUUCCAAAAAAGUUGGGACACUGUGAAAAGGGUAAAUAAAAACAGAAUGCAAUAAUCUAAAAAUCCUUUUCAACCUACAGUAUAUUCAAUUGAAUUCAAUACAAAGACAA